AUGGCAGAUAUUGACGACCAAAGCAGGAAGAAUAAUCCUAGUUACUUUUCUCUUCUUCCUUUCCAACACGUAUAUAAUUUAGAUGAACAGAAUCAUCGCUAUACCACUGCCGGUUUAUCUAGUGAGUUGCCCUCAAGAAAUACUCUUGAUCAUUUACCAAGCCUAUUUUACAUUGAUGUUUUUAAAAUGAAUACAAGUUUUAAUAAUGAUUUCAAACCAGAUCAAAAUUUAUAUAAUAUAGCAAAACACGAUUGUCGAUAUUUUUCGCCGCACAGUUUUGAUUUGCAAGUAGCGAAAAUAACUAAUAAGAAAACAACGCUAUCUUUCCUACAUAAUAAAGUUAGAAGCUUAAAAAAGAACCUGGAGAAUUUGCAAAACCAUCUUCUCAGCGAAUUUAAUUUUCAAUGUAAUAUCAUUACAUUGCCGACGGCGCGAAGCGCCGUGCGAGGGUACUAAUUCCCCCAGGCUAGUUACACCCGGGGAAACGAAAGCAUUAGCGAAGUCUAAAGUUCAUCAAAUAUCGCGGGCGUGGGUCACCAACCAUGGGUGGUCAUCCUCACUGAUCUCAAAAAUAUGGCGGACUGUCAUGAAUAGCGAACACUGUGAUUGGUCCAAUUUAAAGUCUGCACUAGAACGACUGCAUGACGACAGCGAAAUAACAAACAUUUCUUUAUUUGAUGAUUGAUAAAUUUCUUGCAAAUAUAUUUCAUUUUUGCUCGCAUUUUUGUAAGAUUUUGUAAAUUUCAAGAAUGAAAUGGCGAAAGAAUCGGCUAAAAGAAGGGAGCCGACGUUAACGAAGGUAAGUUUGUUUUAAAUAUUGAUUUUAUAAUUGCUUUAAAACCCAACGGCCUUUGCGUAUAUGAAACAACUAAACAAGACAGCAUAUCGGGCCCUCGAUCGGGCUGAUUCCCUUUUUUAUUAUAUUGAAUUUUUUUAAAUAAAAAAGAAAGCAAAGUUAUUUGCAUGGGAGAAUUUGAAAUCAUUUUAUUGCAAACUCAAAGGCAAAGCUUAUCGAUAAAGCCAUUUAAUUAAAGAAUAAAGGCAGUUUAGUUUUAUAAAGAACACUUUAAAACGUUUUGCGAAGCGUUUGUAGUUGAAUUUUACCUUUAAAUUGAAUUAUUUUCCAUCUAUAUCAGAAAAAAAACAAAUUAUAAUCCUCCAAUAAUUGUCUAUGAUUCAAAUUCCAAAACAUACUUACCAUUGCAAAUUAAAUCCAAUGUCAAAUAUCUUGGAUUGCUUAUAGACUCAAAUCUAACAUGGAAAGUUCAUAUUGACUAUAUCUCACUGAAGAUUAGUAGAGCUGUUGGAAUCAUUGCUAGGCUUAGACAUUUCGUACCUAAACACAACUUGCAAAGGAUUUAUUAUGAUCUGCUUCAUCCAUAUUUAAAUUAUGGCAUAUCAGUUUGGGGUCAAACGUGUAAAACGCAUCUCCACCUUCUCGUCCUCCAGAAACGCGAUAUACGACUAAUUAAUUUUGAGAAUUUUAGAGAACACGUUGUACCGCUUUUUAGUGCUUCCCAAAUACUUCCAGUUCACUUUCUGUACUUUUACAAUGUUGCUUGCAAUAUGCAUGACAUUAUAAAUGAAAGGGCGCCCAUCAACAUGUCGUCAUUCUUCACUACUAUUAAUGAAAGUCACAACUAUAAUACAAGAUCUGCUGUUCGCGGUAAUCUUUAUCAAACUAAGUCAAGGUUGCAUAUUACACAAAAAUCCUUUGCUAACGCUGGUGUUGAAGUUUGGAAUGCUCUAUCUAUCUCACUCCGUUCGUUAAAUAAACAUAGUUUUACAACACGUUGCAAGAUCAUUCUUAUCAAUACCAUGAUGGCUUGUGAUGAUUACGUUGAUUUCGCCACAAUAUUGCAAAUAGUUUCGGAGAUGUAAUUGGGCAAUUUUGUUUUUGUUUUCAAUAUUUCCUUCCGAUUUGAAUUACGAUAAUUUAUACUAUUAAGAUAAAUUGAUACACUAUUUAUCAAUCAAUUGAAAGCCACCUACCUCGAAUAGUUUGCUAAAUGUAGGUGGUUUCUUGUAAAUUAUUUUGAAAAAAAAUAUUUAAUAAAGUAGUAGUAGAAGCUGGGCCGAGAUAACAUUGUCAUUAAUGAUCAUCCCGUUUGUGCCGACAAUCAAUUGAUAACAUUGUUGAGUAACCAGUUUGGGGAAUGGGAUCAAGUUCCUUUGUUCCCGAAUUAAUGUAAGCUGUGAUAUCAUCUAUUGGAACAGGAUUGGUCAUAUCAUUGUCAGUCAUAGAAGCACAACAAGUGGUUUGACUAGAAGUACUGGGUAGUUGCAUUUGUUUUUUGACAAUUAAAUGGGCCACCCAGAACUGUUAAACCAGGCUGAACUGUUUUUCCUUCAAGCCACAAAUCUGGAGAAAGGACACUAAGUGCAGUGGAGAGUGUAAACACACAGGAACUAUACACAGGAACAAAAUUCAUACCUCUGUGAAGCAUUGUAGGCUUGGAUUUGUGAGUACCUACAGAGGGGCCUCCAGUUAAAAGGCAUGUAACUCCUGCAUGUGGUCGUGGAGUUGAAUUCUGAAAUGCUUGUUGGAUGUUUUCCAGGGAACAUUUGAUUAUGAAUUGCAUGCUGGGGUGUCGGAAUUUGAUGCUGGGGACUGCAGAGUGGAAUGAAGGUGGUAUAGGAUAGGCCAAGAUAGUUGUGGGACUACGAGCAUUGUAAAAAUGGAUUCUUCCCCCCCCCCCAUCCCAUACGAUAGGUAUUUGCAUGGUGGCAAUCUGGCAUCAGCAACCGACAGAGGGAUAGGUUCUUCAAGGUUUUCAAAUUUAAGAUCUGGUUGUUUAGAAAUAACAAUGUCUGCAUGUGCUUGACUAACCAGGGAGACUAACCUCCAGUUAUGGAGGGGGAAGUUGUGGGCGUUGCUGGACAGGUUUAUUCAAGGAACAACUUCGUUGAAGAUGGGAAGGGUCACCACACUGAUAGCAUGCUUCAACAGGGUUUUUUCUGAAACAUUUCGAAUACCCCCCUUAGUGGCCUGGGUAAAAAGUGCCCCAAGGGGUUUCCAAUCACUAAGUGAACUGGAUAAAUUGUUGUCUGUGUUAGACUCUUUUACUUCAUGCAUCUUCAAAGACUGUUCAAUACGACGGACAGUCUCGAUAAUACAAAAGUUCAGCUUUAUCAUUAAAUGUUAGACCAAAUAAAGUAGCAGAAGCUGCCAAAUGGCUUAUAAAUAAUGGUAACCUUUAUAAAGAUGAAGGUAUAACUUUCAAUGACACUUGGCUUGAAGAUAAUUCAAAUUCUCAAUUGGUAUUUGAUCAUAGUGACAGUGAUCAAACUUCAGAGGUUUCAGAAAAUGUUGUGGACUGUAAUACAGAAAGCUUGAACUGUGACACAGAAUGUAAAACCCAGCAAACAUCAGCAUGUGAUGAUGAUGAACACUGGAGUGAAGACGAGGCAGAAAUACCUGCUGGAAUCACAGACACUAUGUUAACAUCUCCAGAUUUUGUCACUGAUAAUGAACGUCAGCAUAUUUUAAAUGUUGCACCUGGUGUGGGCAAUAGGCCAAUGAGCAUAUUUAGGGAUAAAUACUCAGAGGAAUUAGCAUAUCCCGGUAUAUUUCUUGGACAGAAACGACCAGACAAUACAAAUAGACUAACCAAAGUCCAUUAUAGUGAAAUUUGUAAAUCUGAAUUAAGAAGGUGUGACCGAAGAGCUGCAAUGUGUGUGGAAAAUAUUUUCUUUAAAACGAAGAAAUUGCAAAUGAAGAUUUUGCUUGGACAAUCACAAGUUGCAUUGAGAAAAUGUCAACGAAACAGUAACACAAUCACUGCUGGUCAACUAAAACAACCAGGUGCAUUAGAUAACAUGAUUCAUCAUGAUCAAGGAUUUAAAUUUCUUAGAGCUGUAAGGGGUUCACCUCCAUAUUUUGAGAAAGCUAAAAAGGAUAUAUUCGCAAUGAUCAGGCAGUUAGGGUCUGUUUCAUUAUUUUGUAGUUUUUCUUCAGCGGAAACACAAUGGACUCAUUUACUUAGAAUACUUGGUAAACUUUUUGAUAACAAAACAUACACUGAUACUGAACUUGAGAACCUCAAUUGGGAAGAGAAAAGUAGGUUAAUUCAGAGCGAUCCUGUGACAUGUGCCAGACAUUUUGAUUAUCAAGUACACAAGUGUUUGCAGAACUUUCUUUUAAGUAGUACUGUACCUCUAGGAAAAAUUGCGGACUGGUUUUAUAGGGUUGAAUAUGAACAAAGAGGAUCACCUCAUAUUCACAUGUUAAUAUGGCUAGAAAAUGCUCCUACGUUUGGUGAAGAUUCUGAUUAUGAUGUUGUUUCAUUCAUUGAUAAGAUAGUCAUAUGUGAAAAGCCAACUGAGAAUCCAGAUUUACUUGCACUUGUAAACAGGCAAGUUCAUCGCCAUUCUCACACAUGUCGAAAGAAAUCCAAAAGUGUCUGUCGUUUUAAUUACCCACAGCCACCCAUGAGGUCAACCAAAAUUCUAUAUCCAUUAGAUAUUGAAAUGGAUGAUAAUGAAGUUGAUCAACAUAAAGAUACUUGGAAAUUUAUAAACAAACAUCUGAAUGAUAUGAAAGAGGGUGAGGACAUUACAUUUGACCAGUUGCUUGUAAAUCUUAAACUGACAGAAGAAAACUAUUUGCUGGCCGUUCAAUCUUGUCUCAAGUCACCAACUAUAUUCUUAAAAAGAAAACCAAACGAACUAAGGAUCAAUAAUUAUAAUGCUGCAUAUCUCAGUGCAUGGCGUGCAAAUAUGGAUAUUCAGUUUGUACUAGAUGUAUAUGCAUGUGCAAUAUACAUUGUGUCAUAUAUAUCCAAGGCUCAAAAAGGCAUGAGUGAGCUAUUGAGAACAGCUUGUGAAGAAGCAAAAAGGGGCAACUCCAGUAUUAAACAACAAGUGAGAGAUAUUGGAAAUAAGUUUUUGAACAAUGUUGAAAUAAGUGCACAGGAAGCAGUCUAUAUAGUACUUCAACUUCCAAUGAGAAAAUCGUCUCGUCAAGUAGUUUUUAUAAAUACUUCACCCCCUGAGGAAAGAGUUCAGUUACUAAAACCAUUGCAAGAAAUUAAUGAUUUGGAAGAUGAUUCUGAUGAAAUUUAUGCAUCUGGUCUAAUAAAGCGUUAUACAAAUCUGUCCCUUGCAGAUUGGGCUGCAUGGUACGACUCCACUGGUAAGCCAUAUAUCAGACCAUCUCGUCAAUUAGAUAUUGAUAAUUAUCCACUUGAGACAAACUUGAGUGACAAUGAUGAUAAUGAGGAAGAAGAAAGCAAACAAAAGAAUAAAAAAAGAUCUUAA